AUGGCAUCAAACAUCUUAGUGAGCAUCCAGGAGGAGGUGACCUGUCCCAUCUGCCUGGACCUCUUGAAAGAGCCCCUAAGCCUAGACUGUGGCCACAGCUUCUGCCGAGCCUGCAUCACUGCAAACAACAAGGAGUCCGCGGCAACCCAGGAAGAGAAGAGCAGCUGCCCUGUGUGCAGAAUCAGUUACGAGCCUGGGCACCUGCGGCCUAAUCGGCACCUGGCCAACAUAGCAGAGCAGCUCAGAGGAGUCAAGAUGAACCCAGAGGGGGAGCAGAAGAAAGAGCUCUGUGUGCGCCAUGGAGAGAAACUCCUGCUCUUCUGUAAGCAGGAUGGGAAAGUCAUUUGCUUGCUUUGUGAGAGGUCUCAGGAGCAUCGUGAUCACCAGACCUUCCUCAUUGAGGAGAUUGUCAAGGAGUACCAGGAGAAGCUCGAGGGCGCCCUUGACCAGAUGAGGGAAAAGCUGCAGAAAGCUGGACAUUUGGAAGCUCAAGUCACAAAAAGGAGAAUUUCCUGGAAGAGUCAAAUACAAAGUGAGAGACAAAGUGUCCAGGCAAAGUUUGCAAAACUGAGAGGUCUCAUGGACUCGGCGGAGCAGAUGGAGCUGCAAAAACUGAAUAAGGAGGAAGAAGUCAUUCUCCAUAAAUUGGCAGAGGAUGAGAGUGAGCUCGUUCAGCAGAACCAGUUGAUAGAAGAUCUCAUCUCAGAUCUGGAACAUCGAUUGGAAGCGUCAGACAUAGACAUGCUGCAGGAUGUGACUGACAUCAUACAAAGGUGUUGGCAUUUCACUCUGAAGGAGCCCAAAACUUUUCCCGAACAAGCAAGACGUGUGUACCAAGCUCCGGAUAUGAGAGGGAUGCUGCGAGGGCUUACUGACCUGGCGAGUGUGCGAUUCUACUGGGUUGAUGUCACCUUGAAUCGGGCCAUCAAUGGACACUGUGUUGCGAUUUCUGCAAAUAAGAGAGAACUGAGAUAUUUGUGUGACAACAAUCCAGUUACAAAUGGGAAUUUCUAUUAUGAUUAUUCUGUCGUGGGAUCACCACUUCUCACAAAUGGGAAACAUUACUGGGAGGUAGAUGUAUCCAAAAAAAGUUCCUGGAUCCUGGGGGUGUGUGGGGAAAACCAUUACAAAGCAUGUGCAUUGAAGUUUAAUAUGAGAGUUCAUGAGUCCACUUUUAAACAAGAUUUUUAUGCUGGAUUACAGCCUGCACGAAACAUAUGGGCUAUAGGGUUAGAGAAUCGAUCAGAGUAUCGUGCUUUUGAUAAGGACACUAACUCCCAGGAACCGAAGAUCUUGUCUCUUUCCAUGACAGUCCCUCCCAGUCGUGUUGGGGUUUUCCUAGACUGUGAGGUGGGCACUGUCUCCUUUUACAAUGUCACAAACCAUGGAUCACUCAUCUAUGAAUACUCCAAGUGUUGUUUUCCUAAGAGUAUUCUUCCGUAUUUGAAUCCUCUGGAUUGUACAUUCCCCAUGACUAUUUGUGAACCAGGCCCUUGAGCUUCUUGAUCCUCAUGCACUUCCCUGGAGUGCCUUUUGCCUUGGGGGCAUCUAAGGCACUGAGCUUAUUUCCAACAUUCUGCCACCUUUUCCUUGCUGCCUCCUUUCUUUUGCAUUUGACAUCCUUUAUUUACCAACAGGUUGUAUCACUUACCUUGUGUCAGAUUUUUCCUAAAUAUCAUGCACAUUAAGAGAGACUCUUAAUUUAUCAAUUUCUAUUCUCCCAAGGAAAAAUGAGGCCCCCUGCCCUCUGCCAAGUGUUUGUGAUCUCAUUUUCUCUGCCACUGACUGAGAAAAUGAAGGCGUUAAGUAGUAAAUAUCAUAAAUGAUAGGUACUAAGAGAGGCUGUUGUGUCCAGAGUGUAUCUUUUUUUUUUAAAUAAAUUUUAUUUUUAUAUUCCCCAUACAAUUGUAAUCCCCUUAUUUUGACCCCAAUCCCUCUCCUCCCCGCCCCCCACCACCCAUAGAGUGUCUCUGGUUCAUAGUUGUUUGUUGAUUUUGAUUUUCACUUUCUUAUAGUUAUUCAUUUUCCUGGUCCCUUAUUUAAGUUUUCUAGAUU